AUGUCGUCACUCAAGAGAAGCCCUCCAUUCCGCGCCGAGCACGUUGGCUCAUUGCUCCGCCCCCAGGAGCUUGUGCAGAAGCGCUACGAUGUUGCCUCUGGUAAAUCGAAGCCAGAGGAGCUCGUUCCUUUGGAAGACAAGUCUGUCGCAGAGGUCGUCAAGUUCCAGCAGGACUGCGGACUGAAGGUUGUGUCGAGCGGAGAGUACACUAGGCACAUGUUCUGGGGCACCUUUUUCGAAACACUUCAUGGCAUGAAGGAACUCCAGCUUGGCGUUUUGAAGGGCUACAACAAGGACAUGUUCCGCGCCUAUGCACCGGACGUCAAGUCUUUCAUGGAAGCGAAGGAGGUGCCUAACCAUGUCACCGUCUGUGUCGACAAGAUCAAACACCCUGGCACUUCAAGCAACCAGCGUGAAGUGGACCUGAUGAAGAGCCUUUUACCCGAGAGCGAGUGGAAGAACAUCAAAAUCACACUGAUCUCGCCAUCCUGGUACCACUUCCGUUACAUGAGCGGGAGAGCGUACCCCAAGGAGGUCUAUGCGAACGACGAGGAGUACUUCGAGGACGUCGCAAAGGCAUACCAGGAGGAGCUUAAGAUCCUCCACGCACAGGGUAUCAGGAACAUCCAGAUCGAUGAUCCCAACCUGGCCUACUUCUGCUCGGAAGACAUGCUUGCAGGCUGGAAGGCUGACACAACUAACGAGAAGACUGCUGACCAGAUGUUUGAUGCCUAUGUCAAGUUUUAUAACAAGUGUUUCGAACGCCCUGCGGACAUGCAUCUCGGCAUCCACCUGUGCCGCGGUAACUACGUAGGCAGCAGACAUUUCUCUGAAGGCGCAUACGACAACAUCGCAAAGAAGAUGUUCCAGGACUUGAACGUCGACACAUACUAUUUGGAAUACGACACACCACGUGCCGGAGGAUUCGAGCCGCUAGCGCAUCUUCCCAAGCACAAGAACGUCGUGCUUGGUGUAAUCACAUCGAAAUUCCCCAAGCUCGAGGACAAGGACGAGAUGAUCGCCAGGGUGAACCAGGCCGCUGAUUGGAUUGCAAAGGGCACCGGCCAAUCGCGCGAGGACGCCAUUCAGCAGUGCUGCGUCAGCCCACAAUGCGGUUUCGCAUCACACGCGGAAGGCAAUUCGCUCGGUUACGAAGACAUGAGGAAGAAGCUGCAACUCGUCAGGAGCAUUGCCGAUGCCGUGUGGCCGGGCCAACCAUAG